UGGCGUUCGUGCGCAGAUUUUCGCUUUUCUAUUACGCCCGUUUUUGCCAUUGCGCACCAUUACAGCGCACGUUCAUAAUGGCUGCCUGUUACUAACGGAGAAGGGGUACAUUGGAGUUCGUGAUCAGAUUUUCGGUGAAAAACGGAAAAAAUGAUUUUAUCAAGAAAUCGGACGUUAUUAUGGCGUAUUAUGAAGUCCAGAGGCUAAAGCCUUAUACCCCCAAUUUUUGCCGUUGCACAAGGUCAGUGCGCACAUUCAUCGCGCCGGCUGGUCCCUAGUGGAGAAUGGGUGAUUUGGCGUAGGUGCCCAGAUAUUUGGUAAAUUACAGCAUAAAUUUUGAUUAAUUAAUAUCAAUCACAUAAUAACCAGUUGAGAUUGAUAGCGAGAAAUUAUUACAUUAAGAAUUUGGGCCCAGUAUAGCGUAUUAUGAAGCUUAUACGUAUAGAACCUGUAACGCCAAAUUUUACCAAUGCGCAACACCACAGCGCACACUCAUCAUGGCGGUCGGUCAGCAACAGAGAGUCGCUGUAUUGGCGUUCGUGCGCAGAUUUUCGGAAGAAGUGCAACUCAAUUAUUGCGUAUUAUGAAGUCCAGACCCAUAAAUCCCGUAACACCCAAUUUUGCUAGUGCGCAACGCCACAGCGCACGAUCAUCAUAGCCGCCGGUCACUAACACAGAAUGGAUGUAUUGCCGGUUGGUGUGAAUGCCGGUGUGAAUGUCGGUGAGAAACACGAUAAAUCCAAUAACAUCUCUAUCAAUCAUGGGUUUAUUAAUUGACCUUGAUGGGAAGGAAUGAUUUUAUCAACACAUUAGACUUUAUUAUUGUAUUUUACACACUCGACACGUCUUAAUAGAGUGAAUAUCCAUUUUCACCUAUGAGCAGUCUCCAGUGUAGAAUCCUCUCGGUAACCGGCCGUCGGUUCUGACUAAGGGGUUUAGUUUGUGCUCAAUGAAUUCUUUUAAUUGAAACAAAAAUAACAAACCGUGGAAUUAAAUAUGGACAAUUGAACAAUGAGUUGAUUAGGAUGAAAGACCAUCGUUUGAUGAUGCAUUUUCGAUUUAUGGGGAUAAAUGAAGGCCUAUUAACAGAAAGUGAUCUCUAUAUAAUCAAUAUAUUUGUGGCUUUCGAAGAUGACGCCUCGUGCAUAUUCUGGACAAAGUGACAAUAAUGUUUUUUGAAGUUCGUUGACUCUCGAAGUAAUUGAAAAUUUAAUUUAAAAAUGAAAUGACUAUUGAAUGGAAAACUGGAGGACUUUUAUGAACGAAUUUAUAGUUACAAAACAUUGUGUAGUGUUUUCGGGAGUUUCGUUGUUGCCAAUGUAGUGAUCAGUCCGUAAGAUGGCGGUUGCUACGUAAAAUCGAUUACGAGUAUUUUCCCGGGUAAAUUCACAGUAUUUAAAUUCGAAAAAUCGCAAGUGGAGUAUUGUGCUAGUGAUAGUGAGAGUGAUAGUGAAGGUGAUAGUGAAAGUGGUGGUGAAUGUGGAUGGCAUCUGAACGAGGUACAAUCAUGGAAUCGGGGAAGUCGGAUUGGAGAAUAUGCCGAGCUGCUGGGUCAGUCAACAACCGUUUUGGUGAGUCUCAUGGAUUCAGUGCAUAUCAACGAUCUUUACCUGAGAGCUCAACUAAAAAAUAUGUUGAUUCCAACAUCCACUUCCCCGGUAUCCAGCACCGACGAUAGUGCUUUGAAACUCUUCGUCGGUCAAAUACCCCGUCAUCUCGAGGAGGAUGCCCUUCGUCCAAUGUUCGAGGAGUUCGGCAAGAUCUACGAGUUCACCGUACUCAAGGACAAGUACACCGGCAUGCAUAAAGGCUGUGCAUUUUUGACCUACUAUAGCCGUGACAGUGCAAUCAGCGCCCAGAACGCUCUGCAUGAGAAGCGGACUUUACCAGGGAUGAACCGUCCUAUUCAAGUCAAGCCGGCGGACAGUGAAAGCCGCGGAGACAGAAAGCUGUUCGUGGGAAUGCUCAGUAAACAACAGACCGAAGACGAUGUCCGACAGUUGUUCACUACCUUUGGUACAAUAGAAGAGUGCACUAUACUACGUGGACCGGACGGUACGAGUAAAGGUUGUGCAUUCGUGAAAUUCCCUUCGCAUCAGGAAGCACUGGCGGCAAUAAACUCAUUACACGGCAGUCAAACUAUGCCGGGUGCCUCAUCCAGUCUAGUGGUAAAAUUCGCAGACACUGAGAAAGAGAGACAACUCCGGCGAAUGCAGCAAAUGGCCGGAAACAUGAAUAGCCUCCUCAAUCCCUUUGUAUUUAAUCAGUUUGGACCUUAUGGUGCUUAUGCUCAGCAAGCAGCACUCAUGGCUGCAGCGACUGCUCAGGGUACCUACAUUAAUCCAAUGGCAGCACUAACCGGACAAUUGCCCCAUGCGGCAUUAAAUGGCAUGCCAAAUUCCGUUGUACCACCCAGUUCCGUUUUGGUGGUAGGUACUGGUACAGGCCAACCAGUCAACGGAACAAUACCAUCGUUACCAUCACCGACAAUGCCAAACUUCAAUAUGGCGGCACAAACACCAAAUGGACAGCCGGCCGGCUCAGAUCCUGGUGUUUAUACGAACGGAAUACCGCAGACCUAUCCGGGACAUGCCCUCCAUCUGUCCAUUCCAGCUCAAGGUCUGCCCAAUGGGGAGGCCACCCUUCAGCACGCCUACAGUGCUGGAAUUCCGGCAUAUCCCGGUGUCGCUUAUGGCGCCGUCUACGGCCAGUUUCCCCAGGCCAUACCUCAGCCGAUGACAGCGGUUGCACCGACGCAGAGAGAAGGAUGCUCUCUGUCAGGACCCGAGGGCUGUAACCUGUUCAUCUACCAUCUACCCCAGGAGUUUGGCGAUUCUGAGCUGAUGCAGAUGUUUAUGCCAUUUGGCAGUGUUAUCUCAUCAAAAGUAUUCAUCGAUCGAGCGACUAAUCAAAGUAAAUGCUUCGGUUUCGUGUCAUUUGAUAAUCAAGCGAGCGCCCAGACGGCGAUUCAGGCGAUGAACGGCUUCCAAAUAGGGAUGAAGCGACUAAAGGUACAAUUGAAGAGGCCCAAGGACACCAAGCCGUACUAACCCACGACCUAGCCUAGAUAUUCUGGCCGGGUCACGCCCUACGUCACUGGUUGUAGAACCACAAAUGAAAAUGGGUGCCCAUUGGACGCUCGACGAUCAAGCGUGAAGAGUAUGAAUCAUCGCAACAAUACUCUUCACCGUAACAAUUUAGUAUACUAGUUAGUUAAUUCUAUAGAGAUUAAAUAUAGCAAGUAUCAAGAAGCUGAACAAGAGAGGGGUUAUCUGUAAUUAUGGACGCCUCUGACAAAGAGCUUGCCGGCAAUAGAGAGAGGAUACAGAGGAACUUUAUAACCAUAACCAAAUAAACUGAAGAAUGUCUGAACUAUCCACGUUAUAUAUCGCCAUAAUUCUGGAUAAAUCAAAAAUUCCGAAAGUCAUUCGUCUUAUCCAUGAGGACAAUCGAGAGGAGUAAGUGGAGUGGAAAAUAAUCCGUCUAGUUGACGUUUCCCCUCCAUGGGCAUCGCACAAACACGAAUAACUGAAAAUAAACUGAAGGAAGAUAGACGAAAACCAGAGAAUAAAAAAUCCACUACAGAAUAUUGAACAAAAUACAGAACUAUUCUCACGAUACGUAUAUAAAUAUAAAUAUACAUAAUAUAUUAUACAUAAUAAUAUAUAAUUAUACAUCAAGUUUAAAAUAUCGAGGUAGUAGGUUUUAUAUACCACGAUAGGAAAAAUUGAGAAAUAAAAACACAAAUUGUUAGUUUGUAGCCAACGGCGUCGCGUCCUUAAGCUCGUUUGGAAAGAGAAGUAUAUCUUCUCAAGUGCGCUCUUUCUUCGGUAAUGAAUCAUGAACGCAAUGUCUCUCUAACUGACUUCAUACACUGUCAAAAGAUUUUUCCAAUCACUUGACCACAAAAACAAAAUCCAAAAGCUAUUUUUCAAAUUCAUAUCGAUUCAGUCAUUAGCGUAGAAAUGAGGCGUGAUAUAUUAUUUCAAUUAACCAAAAAAAAAAAAACUAGUCCAAAAUAUGAAAAUAGAGAGAUCACGUUCGUUCGAUCGACCAUAAUAACGUCAGAAGAGAAUAGUAUAAUUAAAAUAAAACCAAAUAAUGACGUCCAAUAAAUCACUGUCGGGUUGGUAUCUCUCGAGGAAUUGCAAUCAGGCUGUGAAAAAUGUAAAAAAAAAAACGAGGGAUAAAAACGAUAAGUGGAACAAUGCCCGUAAAAUUCGUUUUGUAUUUUAAUUGAAUAAAUGAUUCAAUGUAGAUUUUGAAAAAUCUCAACUCUUUCAAACAAAAUUUUUACCUAGUCAACUGUUAUAUUUCUUUAUUUUACACUUUUGUUUGAAAGAAUUAUCGAUUUUUUAGCUACACACGCCAAUAAAUAAAUUCAUUUGAGGUCAUACCAUGGCAAUCCCGAGAGUGAUGCUAUCACGUGGGGCGGGUGAAUGAGGGAAUGGAAAGGGAUUAAAAACGAUCGAACGACCGUUUUGAUAAAACGCAGUGAUUGCUCUAACCUAGAGAAAAUAAUCAACCAAAGUACCAAAUAUUACUACUAUUAAAAGACGAAACCAAAAACGGAGGAAAAUUAUGGAAAAUGUAAAAAAAAACAUUGAAAGCAUAUGAAUUUAUGCGUAUAUAAAUAUAUAAAUAUAAAGAAUUAAUAUAUUGAUUGAGAGUCAAACUAGGGGCUUAGCGAAUUAUUAAUUAUAGUUUUAUUGGAAGAGAAAAUUCACCUAGAUUAAAUAAUCAAUUAUCAGAGAAUUAAUUGCAGUGAUGAAAUUCAAGUGAUUAAACUCAAUUGUUGGCAAACAACAAAUUAAUGAUGAAUCAAUGUUGAGCUCGACAGUGUGCAAGAAAUCAGUGUAAACAACACGUUGUUAUUGAAAAUUAUCAACAAAGCUUUGUGGUACCAACAGUGGCAUGAAUUAAUAAUGUUAUGUUAACGCCUAACCAAUUAUUGAAUGAAUAGACACUUGAACUCAAAUUUAAAUGAAGCGCAUCAAACAGUAUAAUCUGAUAAUAUGGAGAUAAAUUGAAGAGAUGGUUGACAUUCUACUAAAGAUUAUUUAAUACGCACAUAGAGAAAAUCUGCGAGUUGCCGUUCAUCAAAGAAACAUUAACAAUCCCACGCAUAUUCAAAAAAUUCUAUCGACAGAUUUGAAUCCAAAAUGUGUGAAUUUUUGACGACAAGUUUGAGCUGAACGGCAUGAUAAUUCCCAACACGCGAGCAUCGCAGCGGUCCACAUCUACACGUAUGUACUAUUUAAAAAAAAAAACACGAAGCAAUCGUGCGUUGUAAAUACAUGCGCAGGGGAAAGAAAAAAAUUGUAAAUACAUUCGCGCAUUUCGCCAAUUGCGUUUGUAAAAGAAAAUACCAAUCUAAAGAGAUAAUAGUCUCCAACAAUACCACGAUGAAUUGUAGAGCGAAAAGUCCGGGCUUAGAUACGAUGUAGAAAUAAUUGAACAAAUGAAAAAGUAAUAUGGAAUAAAAAAAAAACGUUGCAAUAACUGAUUCAUGCUAUCUAGAAUUUCUUCAGCAAUUAUUUUUCCAUUUUAUUUAACUCUCCCUGGCUAAAAGGAAAUUGAAAUGUUAAUAGGGAUUGAUUGUGACAAGGGGGCGGAGAUUAAUACCACAUCUUUGGACAAACAAACCGGGAGAAUUUGAAGGAAUAGUGAAUUAAAAUAUAAAAUUAAUUCGCGCGUAAAAUCCUCGCCAAUUUCAUCAAGGAUGUAAUGGAAUUGGUAACAAAUACUUACGCGAGCACCAAAUAAUAAUAUCAUUACGAAUGUAAGCUUUUUAAAACGAGGAGACAUGGAAAAUGAUUUUAAAAAAAUAAUAAUCAUGAUUUUACAAUUUAACGAUUACAAUAAUACCUAGUAUUUAAUAAAAUUAGUGACCAUGCUAAAACAAAGAAACAAUGAAAGAUGGAAAAUCUGUAUCUUGUUAUGAGACAUACAUGAAAGAUAAAUAAUCAUGACAGCUAUUUUAUCGAGAUGAAAUUUUUUUGCUAGUGAGCAGCAGGAACGAUGUAGUGUCGCAUCUUUUAAUAUGAAGAAAAUUACCGUGAUACUGAUAGAGUAAAAAUGAAAAAAAAAAUGUUAAGAAACAGUUUAACUCUAAGUCUCGAAAAAUCGUAGAGAAAAAAGAAAAAUCAAGCUUUGAAUUUAUUUUUACAUGACGUGUGAUUCAUCGAUGAAGACGAUUAAACGAGAGAUAAAACAAGGGGAUGAAUGUCAAUCGAUUGGUAUUUGGAUGAGACAAAUGCACUCGUGGAAUGAAGUCGAUAGUGAUUUUUUUUUUCUUUUAUAUCGGACUACCAUUGCAGUAACUACACACUUAAUAACAUAACACAAAUUGCAGAGUAUGACAAUUCGAAAUGGCUGAUACAGGGAAAUAAAUUAAAAAAAUGGGUUUAAAAAAAAAAUAGGAAAACCUUGCCCCUCCAUCACUCAAGCCUGCCCCCCCCCGUUCCCCCCCUUAAUCGACUGUACAUCGCGUUUCAACCGAAUGCCCAAUUUGACGUGAAAUUCAAUUGGAAUUUAAUGUCGCGCGCGGACACGCCAAAUGGAUGUGCAACAGAGAAAUAAUUUUAAUACUGAUGCUUAAACGUGUUCAGGCGAAUUUUAGGAAACAGGGUAUGUUUUUUGCAAUUAUUUGCGUAAAAAAGCAAAAGUAAAUAAAAAAAAUCUCGUAUUAUGAAUAAUGUGAGAAUUCUUAUUAAGAGAAAGCUUGUGAGGAAAACAAAAGAAUCCCUUGUACUAUCUCUUUACUACAGACUUACACAUGAAUACUGAAUAGACUUAAAACGUGAGAAUACGUACCCUUAAUGUCAUAAUCAAAUCACCCGCGCGAUAUUUACAUUUCCAACAGUGAAUUCUGUUCAUUUAGUUUAUUUACUUCGUAUGAAAAAUCAUGAAAAGUGAGACUACGGAGAUUUUAGAGAAAUCGAGUCAUUCGUUCGGUUUAUGGGAUUCAAACAGGAAGGCUGGCAUUACAAUCCACGAGAGGUAUACACGCAUUGGAAAAGAUUGUUAAAAUGAAAAAUUUAGAGAAUUGUUGACACUGGAGAUUCGUCUGUAUAUAGAAAUGAUAACUAGCGAGGUCCACAUCUCUUCUACACUGCAAUUGUAACAAUGAAACAUGAUCGGUGAAGUCUUGAUGGAGAAGCUUGAAUAAUAGUAACGAUUUGAUACACUUGAACGGAAGAGGAAUAAAAUCCUUCUGUGGCAAUGCCAUCACCCCUAAACACGCGUCGAGUGGUGCCCAUACGGAGCUUUGAUAUUUCACGCGGGAAUAGAAACCCAUUUGAUUGAUAAAAAAAUUAUUAGCAGUACAUACAAGAGUUGAAUACUAAUGGCGCCUUAUUUUAUAACAUUUUCUUCUGAGUGCGUCCCAACCCUUGGUUUUUUAAGUAAAAAAGUCUAGGAUAGAAAUGUGAUUUAGCUCGGAAUUUAGGGGAGAAUAUUUGCUUAUUGAUAAGAUUAGUGCUUGACUCCCAAUGUCGUGAUUAAUGAUUUAGGGAUAUUCGGUAUUCAUAUUUCAAUAUUAACGGCAAAGAGAAACACUAGAUAAAAAAUUUCAGUAUUAUCGAUCCAACAUUAUUGUUGACUUAUAUUCCAGGAUGGAGACUAUUCCUCAUUCCAUAUCCGAAAUGAAGAAUAUUUUCUAUUGAUGAGAAAUUUGAUAGAAAUACUUGAAACCGCAACCGUUAAUUUUCUCUACAGCCACGCAAAAUGGCCCCUGAAUCCGGCGAAAUUGAAUCCGUUCGUUUUUCAAUUCACCCGAGGACCAACCCUUCAGUUCCAAAAACAUCUUAAAAAAUUCUAUUCCACUCAUCAUCCCUUCCUAUACCGAAUUAUCAAGUUUUCUUCCUUAUCAGAAAAAUUAGAAUUUCUUGGUAAAAAUGGGCAUCAUAUCCGCGCGUUUACAAAUCGACGAAUCAGAGACGUGUAUAAGAAAAUCCGAGGGAAGAGCAGGAUUAAUCUAGUGUUAUAAAAAAACAAUUACAUUGAGAAAACACGGAGGAAAAUUUUAAAAAACCAAUCACCAUGAAUAAUGCGCAAAAGGGCAAGGAUAAUUAUUAUCGGGCGUUAUAGAGACGAAUUGCAUAGCAUAGUUUUAUAUAGCAGGCCAUUUAGGCGUAAUAAACAAAGGACACACGUAUGCAGACGUAUGUAUGUGUGAAUCUGGCGGGAAGAAUUCAUAUAUGUGCGUUUGCAUACACAAUUAUAUAAAUAAUAUAAAUAUUAUACAUAUAUUAUAAAUAAAAAAAACAAUUAUUAUGGAUUAUGAAUUACGAUUAUAAUUAUUAUUAUUAUUUUUAUUAUCAUUAUCAUUAUUACCAUAUAAGAUAAUAAACUAUACUACCUACGUGGUUAAUAUAAAUUAAAAGAUCAUGCAUAUAACUGAAAAUAAAAUGAUAAUAUUGAAUAGAUAAAAAAAAAAGAAAAGUAGCUGAAUGAGAAAUUAAGUAAACAAACAAAAACAUAUUUUAAAUAAUUAACCGCCAAAGAGUAAAAAAAGUGAAAUAAAAAAAAUGAAGUUUUUAAAAUUAAUGAAUAAAUAAAAAUUCUUAAAAGUUAAGAUGCGAUAAUAUACAUAUAAUGAUUGAAAGUGGACUCUUAAAUUAAAUGUAAAUGAAUGAACAUCAUUUCAUUUCAUCUUGCUCAUCUUGAUGAUGACAAAGAUUAAAUGAAACGAAUUACUCAGAUGACCCCGGUGAUGAUAACAAUGAUAAUGAUAGGGUUGCUAAAUGCACGGAGAUUGAAGGAAAAUUAUUUCGGAUUCGAUAUUGGUAGCCGGCGUGUCGCGUUUGUAAAAUGAUGAUUUUGUUAUGACGAGUGAAUGAUUGAAAGAACGAACCCCCCAACAUUUUUUCGAUCAUCCUUCCUCCUGGCGGAUAAUAAUGAGUAUGAUUCGCACGUCAAUUCAAUUCACUUGAUAGAUUUCGAUCAUCCAUUGAUUAUCACGUUGAACGAAAACAAUGAGUUUUUAAUUAAAUAUCGAUUCUUAUUCAGUAGUGAAGUUUUAAUGUUUAACUCAUUCAGGAGACUUUUGGAGAAAUAAUAACAUUUUAAAUGGCUUACUAUUCGAAUCAGGAAUAUUUCUGAUUCUUAUUGUUUUUAAUGAGACCCGCAAAACCGUCCGCGGCUAUAUUACUGAUAAUUAAACAUUAGAAGUUCCAGAACUUUACACAAGAGUAAUCUUAAUUCUUGGAAUUGUUACAAGUGAACAUUGGAAUUGUACUUUUUAAUGAUUUAGCGUUGAAAAAUCUUUUCGCCUCCUAAUUCCCCAGCUAUUCUCAUUUUCCAUAUUAUCAAUUGAAAAUUGACAAUAAAAAUCCAGGCUAUCACAACCUAGAUGUAUUCUUCACUUAAAAAAUUGAAACUUAAAUUAUAAAAAAUGAAAAAUCAUUCAUCGAUAUAACUAAUGUGUCAACAAGCAUAUGAAAUAUAAUUUCGCCCCAUAGAUGUUAAGACUUCACUACUGAAUAUAAACCCAUCGUAUUUAAUCAUCAUCAUUAAUAUCGGUCACGGCCACCGCAAGCCUCGUCUAAACGAAUGAAGAGCGGAGUGCUGAGGAAUAAGAAACGGAAUAACCAUUGCCGCUUUAAUUACAACUAAAUAUACAUUCCGCUUUCAAUAAAUCUUUCAUUACGCUUGUAUACCUCCGCAAUUUGAUAAUUCUGUCGCUAACUCUAGUCAAGCAAUAAUAACCGCGCAAUAAUAUUUCUGCAGCGAAUGGGAAUACAUCAGCAGCAAUGAAUUAGCGCGGAAAUAUUAAUUUAUUAACACUGAUUAGAGCUUCACGAGAUUAGACAAAACCCCUGAACAUAAAGUUUACUCGAGAUUAUACUUGCGCAUAACUCUUAACAGAAGAUGCAACAGUUGAUCAACAAGUGGGUUUUGUGGACUAAUACAUAUGAAAAACAUCCCCUUAAAAUUAAAUAAACAUAAAAUGAGCAUAACAAUCAGUGUCGCAACGAUAACUAUUUACGCAGACCAUGGAUAAAUAUGUUAAUUUUUCAAACUGCUCGACCACUAAAAUGCUAAAAAACUGUGAUCCUUACAUACGCAAAUGAAUCUAGUCCAACGUAAAAUUCGAAUCAUGACGAUCGCAUCAUAAUUCGAUUGCCAUACGCUUAUUUUUUAAUUAUUUUAUUUCCCCUUUUUUUAUACACUCUGACGAGCAGUAUUAAGAUAACUACAAUUAGCUGAUGUACCCUGGCAUUAAUUUCUAGUUAUAAUACUGUACAUUCUACACCGAUUUUUCAUUAGGGUAUCACUAAUUUUUUUAAUAUUUAAUAACUGAAAUGUGCAAAGUGACGAAGUUGACGGAGAAUGAACGGUAGAUUUUUUUAAUACUCAACUGACGACUCACUCAUACCCAAUCUGUAUAUUUUUACAUAAUCAUUAUAGACCUAUAUAUGUCAAAACUCUUGAAAAAAAUUGAAGGGAUUGUAAUAAUGGAAGCAUGUGCGUGAUAGAAAAAAGUAAAAUAAAUGAAGAAGAAAGAUAAAUUACUAAUCAUAACUGACAAAGAUCAUUUGACUGUCAUCUCAAACAGUUUAAUUAUUACAUUAUUACUAUUAUUAUUAUUAUUAUUAUUAUAAAUUGUAGAACGAUAUAAUCGAGGAAUGGAGAAAUUAUGAGCCAGGACGGAAGGAUUGAAGGACGUUAUGAUCUUUUAAUGAUUCUAAAAUUCCAAGGGUGAAUUAAAGAGAUUAAGCAAUGUAAUAUGAUGCAAUUGAUUGGAAAAAAAAAACUGAAAAUAAAUAACUGUACACAAUAGGUCGAUAAGUGAGAGUAUGAGUGUGAGUGUGAGAAGUGAGGUCUUAGCAUAUCAGUGUGUUGAGUUUAGGAAGGCACACACAGGAUGAUAUAAAUAAUUGAUUGAAUAACUAAAUAAAUGAAUGAGUGGAAUUAUUGAAUGUACAUACAUUCACUCUACAGAAUUUAACGAGAAAAAUUGAUUUUUUAAAUUUUUUACUCAUAUAACUACACUUUAUUUAUUUUUUCUGUAGCUUGAUGCUUUAAGCGACCUAGUGCCACAAAAUUGAAAGACGAAAAAAUGGAGAUAUUGAUACUUAUUUGAAAAACAGAUAAAAGUAUCUAAAUCAGGACACGGUGAAUCGAACUUUAUACUUUGUUAAAAAUGACAGAAAGGGUCUCUUGACAUUAGUAAAUCUCUCAGAUAUGAUAUACAUCGUUUUAUUAAUUCCCUGUAAAUUCUAGUCGGUCUAGAUACUCAGAUAUUGAUUUUUAAUUUUUUCAAUGAAUAAAUGAGAACAGAGACCGAGUUACAGCGAGCAAUUAUAACCAAAUAUUUCAACUACGAAAGAAAAAUCUUUUUACUUUAUGAUUGAUUGUUUAAAACCUAUAUAAUUGCAAUGAAUAUGGUUAAAAGUGCGUUGUGCGACAAUACAAUGUUAUAUCUCCGAAUUUUUGAAUUGCGUGGAUUUAUGAUGGAAAAUGCCCCCUCCCCUUAUUAUUGCAAUUAUAUUUAAUGAACAAAUGAAGUAACUAGGUAGAUUUAUUACUAUUGAUAUAAUCAAUACAUGAAAAAAAACUAAUAAGGGGAAAAUACACAGUAAUAUGCUAAACAAUGAGUAAAUAAUUGCAGUAAUUAUCACUCUGACACUUACGUUAGCAGGCUAGAUAACAAUCUUUAACAUAAUACAAGAGAUUUUUCAUGUGAUUAUUUUAACUAAUGGGAUGAUGUAACAGUUGAUUGAGAAUUUGAACCAUUAAAAAUAAACUAAAAAUGAAAAUUUGAAGAAUCAAUUGCGUGUUGGCAAAGCAUUUGAUCUUUCUCCCUGGGUAAAUUUUACUUUCUUCACGCCUUAUGAAUCGUCGUUUUUUCAUUAAAAGAAAAAAAACAAAUAAAGCACAUUACGCUUGUCGUCACUUUGGACGUCAGCAGGAAUUAAAAAUUAAUAAAAAAAAAAAAAUAAUAGCACGCGAACGAGAAACUCGUUCACAAACGUCAAACAUUGAAAGUAAAUCGUUAAAAGGGGAAAAGGACGUACGGGCGGAGCACGCGACGCGAUCGUUGCAGUUUUUCCAUUAAUUCACAUUUUUUCUAUUUCAUUUUUUAUAAUCACAAAGUCCUAUGGAAGUGGACGCUUCCUCGGGGUAAAAUAACGAUGCAAUAGUUACUUAUAGUUUUCAAUGUUGAGAGUUGACGUGUGAAUCAAGAAAUAAAUUAAAGGAUAGAGAAAAAUCAAAUGAAUAAAUGAAUUGGAAUGAGUAAACCGUGCAAUGUUCGUACGUUCGUAUAAGCGCAAUCGCAUCCCAAUUUUGGCAAAUUUUUUUUCAACAGCUGAGACGAGAAUUAUUCUCUGUACGACGUACCUUAUUUACCACUUAUAACAAACUGAGAGUAAAAACAUUAAUUGACACUCGCAUACAGACUACAUGAGAACUAAAAGAGCAAAUAUGGAAUGAUGGAUAAAUUAAUUAUUAAUGAAAAUGAGAACACACUUAGUUAGUACGAACAUGGCCACUAGGAGCGAAUGUCCCAUUCGGAUAGUUUUAUCAUUAAAAAUGAAGAAAAAAAAAUAAUGAAAAAACGGUAAUCAUUAUAGAUAUAUUAACGACAUUAUUUCUAUUAUACAUAUUAUAUAAAAAUAAAGAAUAAACUGAUACUAACAUUUGUAGAGAGAAAAUGAGGGUAAAGAGGAAUUUUUUGUCAAGGGAUUAACUAAUCUAGAUAUGCGUCCAAGUGUGAUGCGUGCAUAGGGAAUAUACGCCACGUUUUUUUUUCGCGAUGAUGAUAGAGCCGGCGAGUUGCGAUGAAAUUGAUGCGAAAUAAUGGAGGAAUUCAUUCAGGGCGGAAUGAAAGCCAAACACGGGGGAAAAGAUAUAAAACUGAGCGAGUUUAAAGUGAAAAUGAUGAGAAAAAAUAAAUAAAUAAAAGAUACAAUGCGCCAAUUACUUCAACUUCGACAGUAAUUUUCAUUUGUGUGCCGAACGAUUCUGCCGUUUUCAGCGCGACAUAUUUUGGAAAUUCUUUGGUGAUCAACCAUUGAUUGAUCGCUUUCAAAGAAAUGAAAAUAAAUAAAAAUAAUAAAAAAAAAAUACAUUAACAAACAGAAGUUUCUAUACUUUUUACGGAGAUUGUUAUAGUCUAAGCGCACACUGAUCAAGGCAUUCGUCGCUCGGCAAAGCAUAAUAUAAUUAUUAAUAUAAAAUUUAUAACAGAAAUAAAAUAAAUGAAGUUAAUAAAUAUG